UAAUUUCGAAUUAGUUCUAAACACACGCUGGUGCGCGCAAGUUCUAUUUCUUUUGUGAAAAUAAUUCUUUACUGAGCUCGACAAAUUUUCGACACUGCAACAUGGUGGCCAUGAGUAAAUUGUUUGAGUAUGUGAUUGAGAACGACUUAAAGUGUGCCGACGUGUUUCACACGAACAGCUGUAAAAUGAAUGCGCUACACAACACAUAUGGAUUUCUACUGUCGAAUAUGAAAUAUUUCGCGCCUAUUAUUGGUCUGCCCUUGCUGCUGCGUAUACGUUCGCUAAAUAAGAAGGUCCUGCAAUCGACGCUGCAAUAUUAUGUCGAAGCAGUUGUGGGCGGUACGGCUACCGGCUGGUCGAUAAUGAUCACGAUUUGUACUAUGCGACAUUUAUUUGGAAAAUUCACCAUUUUGAGCACCGUUUUGCUGCCAACUUUCAUAGGCAGCUUUGGCAAAUACGUUGUACCUAGUCCACGAGUUCAUCGACUGUUUGCCACCACGAUCUUUCAGUGUACGCUCGAAACUUUGAUUAUUCAAAAGAGGAAUGUGCUCAUGAGAUUGAUCGCUAACUCGUCAUUGCUGCGCACAUUUAUGUUUAUGUGUUGUAGUGCCUUGAUAUUGAAUGCCAAGCGAAGGAAAGCAUUCAACGGUUUUUGGUUAAUGGAACCGACGCCUCAAAAUGCAACAACAGUGGAUCAGGAAGCGAAUGGCGACAAUGGAACGUGCAACAGUACUUGCGGUCACAAAAGCAAAUCCUGCAAACAAUAUGCACUGCAAGGCAUACGAAAUUUCAUGAUGACUGGACUAGCUUUGGACGCCAUCAAAAUGCUGAUGGCCAAUGUGCCAGCCAAUGUCAACGGAUUCACAGCGAAACUCUGGGUCAAAUUGAAAACUUUCAAAAUACGCUCGGCCGCACUGCUCACCUCGUAUGUCGCCAUAUACAGGCUUCUGCACUGUUACUUUAAUCGCAAUUUCGGUGGUGACUCACAGCUCAAGCACGGCGCGGCGGCCUUUCUGAGUGGCUCAUGCUUCAUAUUCUUCCCAAAACUGACGCUACUCUGCUAUGCUUUGAUCCUCGGUGUACAAAUUAGCUGGAAAGAAUUGACGACUUACUUGAGCGCCGAGCGUUUUGGCGGAUCCUUUGAGUGGAUCCAACGCCUGCCUUGCAGACAGAUAAUUUAUCCAGCUGCGGUCGCAUACUUGGUGCAUACCUAUGCCUUACGCAAACGUCAUGCCAGCAAUCUUGGUGGCAUUGUCGUAGACGGCAUCACAAAUAACUAUGUGAAAUUCGUACAUGCAAACGUUGAGAGAAUAGAGCAACUUAUGGCGCAAUGUACACCUACUUUGUAGGCAUAAUUGAAUGAAAUUGUAAAAUUGACAUUUAAUAUACUACUUUAAACAAAUAUACACCAAAUUCAUGGUUAAAAUAAAUGUUUUCAAAUUUUACUGAA